AUGAGCAAGUUCUUCCAGCUGGAAGAACGCGAUGUAGUAGUCUCCAGUGUGUACGGCGCAGCGUUAUACGAGAUUUACACGGACCGCCAGACUCUACCCAAACUUGCAAAAGUUGCCUGGUAUGCGACACUUUUGUCCGCCUUUCUCCUCGACGGCAUAUCGAUCCUCCUGACACUGCUGCCCUUCCUGGAUCAGGGAAUCUUCGUUGCUUUGCAAAGGCUAGGGGCCAGAGUGGAUAUAUCGUGGGCGCAUUACUUCUCGGCUCAGCUGCUUUUCACGACGGUCCUAUACGCGGUGCUGCCGCUGGCGCUGCUGUGCGACAGACUCUUCGUGUGGCAGUCGCUGCAGAGCUGGAAUCUGGUCGGUUUCGCGCUACAACUGGCCUCGGUGCAGUACGCGAGGUGCUGCUGCGUGUUUGCGUUUGUCGCGAGGGCAGCUAUAGGGCUGUGCCUCAGGAUUGCCAUUGCCGAUCUUACUUUCAAGGUACCAGCGGACGAGGAACCGCUCGACACCAUAGGAGGCGGUAAAAUCGCGUUAGACUGCAAAAGACCUUAG